AUGGCAUCGCCAUUCUUUUGCCUGUCGUCAGAGCUCCGCAAUCGAGUCUAUAUCCUUGCCCUGCAGCACGAAUGCACAAUCUCGCUCGACAAUAUCAAACAAUUCAAUGCCCUGGUCCAAACUUCUCGCCAGACCCGCACCGAGUCCUCCAGGAUAUUCUUCGCCAACAAUAUCUUCAUUAUGAACCGCUUCACUCACGUUCGCCUGGCCAGAUUCAUCGCCAAGUACGGGUCAGAGGUAGUUUGUAACAUCAAGGCAAUGAGAUUCAGAUGGGACCUUCUCGACCAGAUUGUUAUCGGAUUCCAGGUAGGGGAGGCUCAUGCCACGCUGGAUUGGCAUGCGAUUGACGAGGCGCUACUAAGCUUCACGGACGAGGCGGUACAUCGGGUGCUGCAGGCGAACGGAUUACAGGUCCAACAGGCCUAUGAUGGUGAGCAGAGGCUCUGGGUGAUAUCGCUGGUCCAGGAAGAGGAAGACGACGAAGACGUAACCUUCUCCAUGUGA